CGAGCCUCCCGGCGCUGCAAGCCACUUCCGCCAGCUACCCAACUGGCCGGGAAUAUCUGCCCCCGGCCGGUCCGUGCGGCCCACGCCUGCCGGCCCCUCCAGCGCCGCCCUUCCUGCGUGACCCAGGGGCUGCGGUGAUGGACUGGCCUCUUUCGGGUCCGACAUUCUGUGUCUGUCCCUUCUUUUCUCUCGAUCUCCACGCUUGUGCUCUUUGAUUAUGCUUCUCAAUUCGUCCCUCGUUGCCUACACUCCCGUCGGCUGAGGCUUGGGCAGAGUUCGGAGCGACCCAGUUUGGGAUGGAGCUGCAGGUUAAGGUCCCUCGAUUCCCGCGAAGGCUCCUCUAGGAGCCGCUCAGAAGAACCUUCUCUCCCGCUGCAAGGCUUAAGGACUCGGGCCAGGUCAGACCGUGGAGGCCGGGGCCUUGGCCACCCGAGGAAGCACCUGACGAGAGUCCUCCUGGGCUCGCCAGGGCCCAACACAGGGCUGGUUUCUCAGGAGGGGCAACACUGGACCAACUUUUCAUUCGUUCGUUCAUUCAUUCAGUCAUUCAGCAAGCAUCCGACUUUGGGUACCAUUCACUGUCUUAGGUCCAGAUCUGCUUCAGUCAGCUGCGAUUCUGAGGGUGUCCCAGAAAAAUAUCUGAAGGUGUGUCUAUUGAGAGACUAUAUUCUGGAUUCCCUUCCCAGCCCCUCAGAUAGCCACUCAAGAAAACACCAUGAAAGAUACUGACAUCAAGAGACUACUAUAUGUCCAUCUAUUAUGCAUAUUUUCAAUUAUCCUAAGCAUCUUCAUUCCAUCAUUCUUCUUGGAGAACUUCUCAGUACUGGAAACACACUUGACAUGGUUGUGCAUCUGUUCUGUUUCUGUAACUGCCGUCAAUUUAGUAUUGUAUUUAGUAGUGAAACCAAAUGCAUCUUCUAAAAGAAGUUCAUUAUCAUACAAGGUAACCAGAUUUUUGAAAUGCUGUAUCUACUUUCUUAUGUCUUGUUUUGCCUUUCAUGUAAUUUUUGUUCUAUAUGGAGCACCACUAAUAGAGUUGGCGUUGGAAACAUUUUUACUCGCAGUUACUUUGUCCACUUUUACUACUGUACCUUGUUUAUGUUUGUUAGGACCAAACUUCAAAGCAUGGCUAAGAGUUUUCAGUAGAAAUGGGGUUACAUCCAUUUGGGAGAAUAGUCUCCAGAUCACUACAGUUUCUAGUUUUCUAGGAACAUGGCUUGGAGCCUUUCCUAUUCCACUCGAUUGGGGAAGACCAUGGCAGGAAUGGCCCAUCUCCUGCACGCUUGGAGCGACCUUUGGCUACGUGGCUGGCCUUGUUACUUCACCACUCUGGAUAUACUGGAAUAGAAAGAAACUUACAUACAAGAACAAUUAAUUGGAGCAAAGGGAGAAGAUAUUUCUUUGUGCAGAUUCCAUAAAGACUGUGCAGACAUGUAUAUGGUCUAAGCCAGGCAGUUCCACUUAACAGCACUGUUUUUUAUAUAGUUACAACAUGAUGUGAUUGUAGCUUUUUAAACUAUGAAACCCCUGAGAGAUUGUACCUUCUAGUUGAAAUAAAGUAUUUAUAAUAGA